AUGUACCCCUCACUCGCCCUCCCCGCCCUCCUCCUGACCGCCGUCGGUGCCCUCGCUCAUGGCAGCCACGGUCACAGUCACGAGCAGCUCGACCCCUGGAACGAGGAAUUUGCCAACACGCCCGACCUCAGCUUCAGCGGAGUCACGAGCUUUGCUCAUCUGCCCCACCAAAAGUGCUUGGACAAUAAGAAUGCGGCAUUCGACGUCGCUCUGCUGGGUGUGCCAUUUGACUCUGCUGUAUCUUUCAGGCCAGGAGCCAGAUUCGGCCCUUAUGCUUUGCGGAGUGGAUCUCGGAGGCAGCGUCCCGAGCGAGGUUACAGCAGUCGCCUGGAAGUGAACCCGUACACCCAUGGCCUCUAUAUGCUCGACUGCGGUGACGUUCCCGUGACUCCUUUCGACCCAGCAACAGCCAUCAAGCAAGUCAACUCGGCUUACCGAUCCGUGCUCCAUCACCCCGUCAUCUCGGAAGAGAGGAUGGAGGAACUUAACAUGAAGAAGGGUCUUGACGGCAAGUUCCACCCCAGGAUUGUUGCUCUUGGUGGUGACCACACUAUCGUAUUGCCGAUCCUUGACGCUGUUCACGAAGUCUACGGACCCGUCUCUGUCAUCCACUUUGACGCCCAUAUCGACACUUGGAACCCUCACAGAUACCUCGGAAGCGUCUCUCUACAGGCCGACUUGAAUCACGGUACCUUCUUCUGGCACGCUUACGAGCAGGGCUUCAUCAAGCCCAACGCUUCCAUCCACGCUGGUAUCCGUACCAGGUUCUCUGGACCUGAGGAUCUCGAUGACGAUAUCACUGCUGGCUUUGACCUCAUUCACACUUUCGACAUUGACGACCACGGCGUUGACUGGAUCUCUGAAAAGAUCAAGGCCAGGAUCGGCAACGGACCUGUCGUCAUCAGUUUGGAUGUCGACGUUAUGGACCCCUCUUACGUUCCUGCAACUGGUACUCCUGAAUCUGGCGGCUGGACCUCCCGAGAGCUCCGAAGGAUCCUCCACUCUCUUGUCGGACUCAACAUUGUCGCUUUUGACAUUGUCGAACUUUCUCCUGCCUAUGACACCAAUGCCGAGAUCUCUGCUAUUGCUGCUGCCGAUAUGGUCUAUGACUUCUUGUCUAUUCUUGCGCUGGGAGUGGACGGCGAGAAGAAGGCGGGGGAUGAAGGGAGGGUCACUGAUGAGCUGUAG